CCUGUACUGUGUCCGCAGUCUCUGGUCAUCUCCUGUACUGUGUCCGCAGUCUCUGGUCAUCUCCUGUACUGUGUCCGCAGUCUCUGGUCAUCUCCUGUACUGUGUCCGCAGUCUCUGGUCAUCUCCUGUACUGUGUCCGCAGUCUCUGGUCAUCUCCUGUACUGUGUCCGCAGUCUCUGGUCAUCUCCUGUACUGUGUCCGCAGUCUCUGGUCAUCUCCUGUACUGUGUCCGCAGUCUCUGGUCAUCUCCUGUACUGUGUCCGCAGUCUCUGGUCAUCUCCUGUACUGUGUCCGCAGUCUCUGGUCAUCUCCUGUACUGUGUCCGCAGUCUCUGGUCAUCUCCUGUACUGUGUCCGCAGUCUCUGGUCAUCCCCUGUACUUGUCCGCAGUCUCUGGUCAUCUCCUGUACAGUGUCCGCAGUCUCUGGUCAUCUCCUGUACAGUGUCCGCAGUCUCUGGUCAUCUCCUGUACUGUGUCCGCAGUCUCUGGUCAUCUCCUGUACUGUGUCCGCAGUCCCUGGCCAUCUCCUGUACUAUGUCCGCAGGCUGCUCCGGUCAUCUCCUGUACUGUGUCCGCAUUUGUUCA